AUGACAAGCCCCCCAGGGAAGCAUCACGUCACGGUCAACAAGGAGAACCAGCUUGAGGGGAGGAGCUGGCGGGAACGAGUCAUGGUGACACCCACACAGCCAGGGGACUCCCCGGUUAGCUCAUCCGUCCAGAAGGCGUCCUGUAAGACCAGCCCCCUCACCAAACUGGCAGCCAAGAUUCUGCAGGUUGGGCGGUGCCCCACCUCCGCCUCACCUGAGACGCUCCUCCUUCCCAGAACCCCGGAGUCAGGUCGCCCCCCAGAGGAGCGGUUGGACUGUCAAGAAAGCCCCGUCCUGAAUGGAGAGGCCACGCCCCGACAGCCCUCUCAGACCACGACCCCGGACGUCCCUGCCUGCAGCCCGGCCAGCGAGGCUGGCAGCGAGAGCAGCGUCAGCAUGGCAGCUCGCACGCUGAUCAUCCUGUCCCGCGCCACCCAGCUCAGAGACGGCAGCCAGCAGAGGGCACCCCACACCAAGGCCACAAAGCGCAAGCACACCCAACCGCUCACCACACCCGCUGCCAGGAAGCAGCUCCAGCUCUCCGCCAGCAUGAGGAAGGCCAAGAAACGGAAGCAGCAGCUGGACUCCCUCCCCAAUGACCUGGACGUGGACAAGUUCCUGUCCUCGCUGCACUACGAUGAGUGA